GCUGUAACAUUAUGCCAGUUACUGUAAAAUGUGUGUUUCUACUUUUCACACCACCAACAGCUACAGUAUAUAUAGAAAUACACCCUUGAAUAAUCUUCACAGAUUCUCGCUCUCAUCGUGUUCUGCACUGUCUGUAAGUCUCUGGGCAAACUGCAAGCUUCAGCCAUGAACAAGAUCAUCGUCUAUGAACAUCCUGACUUUAAGGGCCUCAGCAAAGAGUUCACUUCUGAUGUCCCUGAUUUAACUAAACUAAAUUUUAAUUACUGCAUCUCCUCUCUGAAAGUCAUCGGGAAUCCAUGGAUGGUGACAGAAGACCUGGACAAUCCUCAGAUCACACUGUAUGAAGAGGAGAACUAUCAGGGCCGGAGCCUCGUCCUCGACUGUGAGACCAACUUGUGUUAUGGCGAUUUUAAUGACAAAACAUCUUCUCAUAAGGUGCAGAGAGGAGCCUGGGUUCUGUAUCAGCAUGGACAGAGAGGUGGAUAUAUCCUGGUGGCCAGAGCUGGUCGUGAUGUUCCUAAGUACGACUCUUAAAGCUGGCAAAACCACCAUUAAAGCUGAAUUGGAAUGGAACAAUUCCACCCAGCAAUUCCACCCAGAUUGGUUUUUCGGAACCAAAUUUUGAAUUAUCACUGUUUGGUUCCAGAAAUGAGUUCAUCUUAAAUGCCAGUGAGACCCAUUGAAUUCAAUGAGGAGAAGAUCUAAUACAGCCAUGUUAGUACAAAACAUUGAUGCUGUGUUGUGACAUGGACCAACACAAAGCAGAAAUUAUCUUUCAUUUAGUAUAAGUAAUUAAUAUACAGUAUGUAUCACUGUAUUAUGAUUCAGUUAAUGUUUUGGUUUAUUAGUACCCUGCAUGUACUAGUUUUAGUACCUAAUGAUGGAACAAUGUGCAGCCAUGUAAUGUGAUCUUACUGGCCUGGUUAUUGUACAUCCAA